CCCCCGUCCUUUCUCGACAAUGGCGGAGCUUCCGCUCACCGGCGGGAUCACUUUCCGGGGACCGGCGGCGGACAUAGCGGCGCAAAUGGGGAUGAUGUGGGAGCUUAUUAAGGUGCCGCUCAUAGUGCCUCUGCUCAGGUUAUCUGUGUACAUUUGUGUGGCGAUGACGAUAAUGCUUUUCUGCGAGAGGCUGUAUAUGGGGAUUGUCAUCAUUCUGGUGAAAAUUUUCGGGAAAAAACCUGAUAAAAGGUACAAAUGGGAGCCAAUGCGUGAGGAUUUGGAAAUCGGAAAUGCUUCCUUUCCGAUGGUCCUUAUUCAAAUCCCCAUGUUCAAUGAAAGAGAGGUAUAUAAGAUCUCCAUUGGAGCAGCAUGUAAUCUUUCUUGGCCGUCGGAUCGAAUUGUUAUUCAAGUUCUUGAUGAUUCCACUGAUCUAACCAUUAAGGACAUGAUUGAAAAAGAGUGCAUCAGAUGGGCAAGCAAGGGCAUCAAUAUUCGAUAUCAGAUCAGAGAUACCCGAGGUGGCUAUAAGGCGGGAGCUCUUAAGGACGG